AUGGAUUAUGCAUUGAUUAAGAACUAUUUGUAUUCCGAUCCACCCUCGGACAGAGAGAAGGUGUCAUCUUACUAUAUGCAGCUGAAGAACAUCCUGAAUGUUUUGCAACAACCACAGCAACAACAGCAACCACAACAACAGCAGAUCGAUAACGUCUCCAUAAGAGACACCAUCGAAUCGAAAAUGAAGUUUCUAGAGUUACAUUUCGGUGAUCUACUCAUUGAUCAACAACAACAACAACAACAACAAUCAAGUGGAAGCAGCACACCAAUUGGUGAACAACAGCAACAACAAAAGCCAAUUGACAACUACAGUGAUUCCUACAACUAUGCUGGUACACCAGAACAUCUACCAACGACGACCACCACAACCAUCGUCCACAAUCAACCAUUCACACUAGUUCACUCGAAUCCACCAAUUGGUGUUCCAACACAACAGCAACAACAACCAGCCACAGUUCCAUUGAUUAGUAUUCUCGGUGGUGGCACUGGUAGUUCAUCAUCGGAUCCACAAAAAAGAAAACAUCAUCAUCAUAGUCAUAAAAGUUCAGGACCACCAGAGAUUCCACCAGAGGAAAUCAUUUUCGACCCAAAAGUUGACCAUUUGGGUGGCGGUGCAUAUGGUAAGGUGUAUCGUGCAACCUGUCGUGGAAAGAAGGUGGCUGUCAAGGUGCCAAAGAAGCAGACAUUGAGCGAGUCAGAGUUGAAGGCAUUCAAGAACGAGGUUGAGAUUUGGAAGCAGAUUUUCCACCCGAACGUUGUUAUGUGCAUGGGUGCAUGCACCAAGCCCGGAAAGAUUAUGAUCGUUUCGGAACUGAUGCAUUCCGAUCUCGAAAAGAUCAUACAUCCGUGCGACGGUACCGAACCACCCGCUCUCUAUCAACGUAUGAAAAUGGCACACGAUGCAGCCGUCGGAAUGAAUUGGCUACACGGCAUCUGUAAUAUUCUGCAUCGUGAUUUGAAACUGGCGAAUCUGAUGAUCGGCAAAGACAACACAGUAAAGAUAACGGAUUUUGGAUUCUCACAGGUAUUGAAAUCUGGUACCACCACCACCGAUCAGCGUGGUCCCAAAGGAACGGCACUCUACAUGGCGCCGGAAGUAAUGAUGAAGCAGGAAUUCAAUGAGAAAGCAGAUGUAUAUAGCUUUGGAUUGAUCCUCUAUGAGCUGGCUACCUGUGAAGAGUUAUUCCCAGAUUAUACUGAAUUGGAACCAUUUUCAGAUGCAAUUUGUAAUAAAAGAUUAAGACCAACAAUACCAAAUUAUUUCCCAAGAUCAUUGGCAAAUUUGAUGAGUAGAUGUUGGGAUCACGAUGCAUCGGCAAGACCAUCAUUCUCAGAGGUGUUUGCAAAGAUGAACGAAGUGUUGAUAGAUAUAGCAAUCAGCGAUCCAAGUGCAUCUGCUUUUUGGAAGGCAUCAUUUGGUUCACCCGAGGAUGUAAAGUGGUCACUGUUGGCAUUGAAACUUUCAGAGGCCGUUGGUGUAGAUAUUUCAGAAUUAAAAUUACUUUCAAAAUUAUUCGUUUCAACAAAUUCAGAUGAUGAAAACGAUGGAAUGGUUAAUAUUGAGAGAUUCGAUUUAAUGACAAAGUGGUUCGGUCCAUUCUUUAAGAGCGGUGCAGCACCGAUUCUCAGAGAGAUGUCAGAGGUGUUAAAGAAGAAGUGGUUCCACUUUGAUAUUUCACGUGAUGUUUCCGAACGUAGAUUACGUGGUCGUCCAGAGAAUACAUUUUUAAUUCGUCUUUCGCUGAACGAUCCCAUUCGUACGCCUCUCACCAUUUCAAAGAUCAAAUCGGGCAAGCCAACACAUAAGCGUGUCGUACGUGAAGAUGUCACACAAUCCGUGGAGUUCCCACUUGGUUUCAAGUAUCUCGUACCGAUCGACAGUGUCGACAUUACAUUUAACAGCAUAAUAGCAAUCGUAGAUCGUUUAAAGCAAAUCGGAAAUCUAGGUCCAGAAUGUCCACACGCUGAAAUCAAGAUACCAUACGUAAACGAUUAA